AAUCAGCGUUUAGUAUAUUGUGAGCUGGAGAGAGAUGCAGGAGGGUGGGUAGCGUAGGAAAACGAAAUAGUAAACUCAGAGAAUAAGGUGUAGGAGUUUUGGCGCUGCUCUGAGAGUGUGUGUGUGGCGGUGCUCUGAGAGUGUGUGUGCCCAGAGCGAGCCACCAUGCCCGUGACAUCACAGCUGUUCCGAGGCUUCCCUCGGGCGAAGCUCUGGGGUUCCUUCCUGUUCCCAUGCCAACGGCAGCCCCCCUGCCGCCCCACCUCCCACCGGCCCACCUCGUCGCAGCCCCACCCCAUAUGGCCGACAGCCAUGCCCGUGCGUGGCUAUAGGAGGAGCCCUGACCUCCACAGCUACAAUCUCACCCCCCCACAGGUCAACUCAAUCCUCAAAGCCAACGAGUACAGCUUCAAGGUUCCAGAGUUUGAUGGUAAGAAUGUGUCGUCGGUGAUGGGGUUUGACAGUAACCAGCUGCCUGCCAACGCACCCAUCGAGGACCGGCGCAGCGCUGCCACCUGUCUGCAGACGCGGGGGAUGCUGCUGGGAGUGUUCGACGGCCAUGCGGGCUGUGCCUGUGCACAGGCGCUGAGUGAGAGGUUGUUCUACUACGUAGCCAUGUCCUUGAUGCCCCAUGAGACCCUGUGUGAGCUGGAGUCGGCAGUAGAGGCAGGCAGACCCCUCAGCCCCAUCCUGCAGUGGCACAAACACCCCAACGACUACUUCACCAGGGAGGCACAGACUAUGUACUUCAACAGCCUCAGAACCUACUGGCAGGAACUCAUAGACCUCAGCAGUCCAGGGGAGAGCCUAGGGCCCAGAGAGGCGUUGCUGAGUGCCUUUAAGAGACUGGACAGUGACCUGUCUCUGGAGGCUCAGGUGGGAGAUGCCAAUUCCUUCCUCCACUACUGGGUUCUGAGAGUGGCCUUCUCUGGAGCGACUGCCUGCGUAGCUCACAUCGAUGGAUCCGACCUGUAUGUAGCGAACACGGGCGACGGCCGGGCAGUGCUGGGGGUCCAGGAGGAGGACGGCUCGUUCAGCGCUCACACGCUCUCCAACGACCACAACGCCCAGAAUGAGAAUGAGGUGGCCCGCAUCCAGGGGGAGCACCCCCCCUCUGAGAAGAAGACUGUCGUACGACAGGACCGGUUGUUGGGCCUGCUGAUGCCGUUCCGUGCAUUUGGAGAUGUGAAGUUCAAGUGGAGCAUUGACUUGCAGCGAGGUGUGUUGGAGUCAGGACCAGACCAGCUCCAUGACAACGAACACACCAAGUUCAUCCCCCCCAAUUACCACACCCCUCCCUACCUCACGGCCGAGCCUGAGAUCACACACCACCGCCUCCGACCUCAGGACCGCUUCCUGGUGCUGGGUACAGACGGGCUGUGGGAGACGCUCCACCGACAGGAGGUGGUCCGGAUCGUAGGGGAGUAUCUAACGGGGGUCCACCAGCGCCAGCCCCUCACCGUGGGGGGUUACCAUGUCACCCUGGGACAGAUGCAGGGGCUGCUGGCUGAGAGGAAGGCCCGUGCCUCCUUGGCGUUCCAGGACCAGAACGCUGCCACCCACCUGAUUCGCCACGCGGUGGGCAACAAUGAGUUUGGAGCAGUGGACCACGAGACGCUGUCCAAGAUGCUGUCUCUCCCUGAGGAACUGGCCCGCAUGUACCGUGACGACAUCACCAUCAUCAUCACACAGUUCAACCCACACGUGGUUGGACACCAGCGCCAAGGGGGGGAGUCCUGAGCCAGCUCAGCCUAUCAGAGGGGAACGUGGACAUGAACAGGAAGUUUACUUUCUAGGAGGAAAAACACUGAUGUGAGGACUGGGUCUUGCUACAGACACAUGGUUAAGCCCUAAUUUUUAUUUUACCAAACGUGCACAAAACAUACUGUUUAUGGACUAACCCUGCAGAGGGAGGACUGUCUACCUUCGGACUCCUUAUUUUAGGAUUGUUAUUGAAGAGGUGCGUGUACAGUAUGUGCACAUGUGAGCACACAGUCCUGGUCAUGUGGAUUGUUGAAAGGCUUGCUGAAACUGAUGACAAGUUGGCUCUUUUGUGGCCUUGUGUGUGUAUGAAGCUUUUAAAGGAUAUUUGAUCAACUUCCCUGCAGCUGCUCUGCUCUGUCACAGUCUCUGCCCGUAGGAAACUUUCAUCUGUGUUUCAUCUGUCACAGUCUCUGCCCGUAGGAAACUUUCAUCUGUGUUUCAUCUGUCACAGUCUCUGCCCAUAGGAAACUUUCAUCUGUGUUUCAUCUGUCACAGUCUCUGCCCGUAGGAAACUUUCAUCUGUGUUUCAUCUGUCACAGUCUCUGCCCAUAGGAAACUUUCAUCUGUGUUUCAUCUGUCACAGUCUCUGCACGUAGGAAACUUUCAUCUGUGUUUCAUCUGUCACAGUCUCUGCCCAUAGGAAACUUUCAUCUGUGUUUCAUCUGUCACAGUCCCUGCCCAUAGGAAACUUUCAUCUGUGUUUCAUCUGUCACAGUCUCUGCCCGUAGGAAACUUUCAUCUGUGCCAAAAGAGUUUGCUGCUUUAUAACUAUGUUGUCUGAGCAUUGAGGUAAUGAUACGGUGGCAGCCUUUGUGUUUGUUCAAUCUGGCCUGUCUACUCUACAAACAUCCCUCUUUCAUAUCACAGAAUCUGUGCUGUGCAGUUGCAGCAUCUGUCUUGCUCUAGAGCUGCAACUGGCCUCCAUCCUGGCUCUACCGCAUGGCUCUGCUGUUACGUAGUAGGGCUCUGUCUGUCUGUGUUCUGUCAUUGGAUGGAUCAGUGUCCUUUAUACUUGUUACAGACAGACAGCCAAGAGCUCCCAGGCACACUUCUUGUUAUCUUAUAUUUUGAAUAAUGUUUAUUUAAAAUGUUUUUAAUCGGAUUUCAAACGUUGACUGUUUUGUCAACCUUAGCGAGGAAUAACUGCCUGUGUCUAUAAAGCAGAUUUUAUUUCUCUGAGACAGACGGCGUCACUAAGAUAGGAACCAGUAGAGCUACGUAGUGUGCAGGCUUUAGAUCCAACACCUCUAUCACAACUACUCACCCAAAGCAAUCAGGUUUGUUAUGCGCUGAGUGUGUCUGAUUCUACAGCAGACUGAAGGAGUGGUGGUAUUCUGUAGAGGAGAGAGAGAGAGGGGAGUGUGAUCAGACGCUUAUUGUUUUAGGGUUGCGGAGUAUACAUGUUUCAAAGGAACAUAGUGGUUGAACCUCUCGGUUUUUUGACAAUUAUACGCUCAUACGGGGGGAUAUGGUAUACUAACGUCAUCAUGCUUACAUGGUGUGUAUUUUAUCAAAAAUGUUUUAAAAAGUGAACUUUUUAGUUUUUACCAGUGAUUCAUUGCUAGCCUGGUGUCAGAUCUCUGUCUGAGGUAACCAUGGAAUUAGGAAUUGAACUGUAACCAUCUCCUGUCAUGUUCAUGCCAAACCUCCAGGAGUGACUGAAACAGAGACAGACUUAGUCAUUGUUGGUAGGACACUAACCAUGGUGGUGUGGUUCUAGGCUUUUAUAGGUCAAAUGAAGGGUGUGCAUAAUAGGAGGUUGUUUAUCUUAUGGUGGUGUAUAUUUAGGAGAGGAUAGAAUGUAAAGCUGAAGGUGGCUCUGUCUGGACGCUGGCUGAAUACUUGAAGGUUAUUUAUGCAACUUUUAAUAUGUCGCAGGUAUUUAUCCACAAUUAUAUGAGAUGUGACAGGUAUGUAUGUACAGUGUCUUUACCUAUUUGGGCUUGAGAUUAAAGUUUUUUUGUAUUUGGAAACUUUUAAUAAAACACUGACUACACACAA